AUGCCCACUAAUGGUUCGCAGCUAACAAGCCCUGAAAGUUCCACGCCAUGGAGUCCUUUUCACGGACCUCUAAAAAGCAUAGAGCCCUGGAACUUUAAGAUCCUGGCCGUUCUUAUGUUCCUGAUAACAUCGCUUUCCAUCGCUGAGAACUUUAUAGUCAUCAUCGUUACGUUCAAGUUCAAGCAGCUGAGGCAACCUUUAAAUUAUAUCAUUGUAAAUAUGUCGGUGGCAGACUUUCUGGUGUCUCUUAUCGGUGGCAGUAUCAGUAUUGCAACUAAUAGUAAAGGCUAUUUUUACUUGGGAUCUUGGGCUUGUGUUCUUGAAGGCUUUGCAGUGACUUUCUUUGGUAUUGUGGCCUUGUGGUCGUUGACGAUCUUGGCUUUCGAGAGGUAUGUGGUCAUCUGCCGACCUCUAGGUAACAUACGUCUUCGGGGCAAACAUUCGGCUAUCGGCAUUUUGUUUGUAUGGAUCUUCUCCUUUGUGUGGACCGUCCCACCAGUCAUGGGAUGGAGCAGCUACACCACAAGUAAAAUUGGGACUACGUGUGAACCCAACUGGUAUUCGGGAAAGAGUUCGGAUCAGACGUACAUUAUUACGUUCCUUGUUACGUGUUUCGUUUUGCCCCUGAUGGUCAUUUUUGUAUCUUACGGAAAGCUGAUGAGGAAGCUACAAAAGGUGUCCGAUACUCAAGGCAGACUGGGAUCUACGAGAAAGCCAGAAAAGGAGGUGACUCGGAUGGUUAUUAUAAUGAUCAUUGCCUUUCUCAUCUGCUGGUCGCCUUACGCUGCCUUCUCCAUACUAGUCACGGCCCGGCCCUCCAUUCAACUGGACCCGCGGCUAGCUGCCAUACCUGCCUUUUUCGCGAAGACGGCCUCGAUGUACAAUCCCGUCAUUUAUGUCUUUAUGAACAAGCAGUUCAGGAGAUGUCUUCUUCAGAUGUUCCACUGCGGUGACACGGAAUCCAAAGAGUCGAACGUCAACCCAACAUCCGACAGAGCCGGGACUACCCGAGAUCACCAGGGAGGGGAAAUGUUGGCCAUCGCAGCUCAUAUCACCGCUUCCAGUAACCGGAGAACCGAGGAGGAACAGAGCAGCUGUAAUUCCUUCGCUCAGCUGCCAACGUCCGACAACAAGGUGUGCCCGAUAUAG